AUGAUUGGAGAUUCCACUACCACAAGUUCAUUGAUUAAUGUAUUAGACUAUGACUCAUCUCUGUAAUAUUUGGUGUUCGGGGGUCUUUACAAUCAACAUAUGAUGAUUGGAUUGUUUAACAACUAUGCAAAUAUGAACAGAGUUAUUUGGGUUUACGGCUAUGAUAUAGCUGAUGAAUCUCAAGCACCAAUAAAUUAGCAGCAAUCAGAUCAAACGUAGAAGAUUAAAUUCAUUGAAAUGGCUAUUAUCUCAUUCAGAGAUUUGACUUAAAUGGCACUGUGCUUGGUUCCGCUGGAUUACCAGCAAGGAUCCCUACUAAUCACUUCAAAAAUAUGCUCUUUCGCAACAUCUGCUCUGUAUUACACAAAUGUUUUAACAGUAUUUGGAACCUAUAAAGAGACAACUACUGAUGCUAGUAAUUAAUAUGGAUUCUUUUUUUCAAUGAUAAGCGAUUAAAGUUUAGGUACAAACACAAUUAAUGUGAUUAGUGUAUAAGAAUUUGCAUCUACCCAAACAAUUAAUAUUGCUUUGAUGGAAGCAUAUACAAACAAAAUAAUCUAUGGAGGUUAUUAAUGUAUAGGAUUUAAAUUUGUGUCAGCAGUCGACUUCUUAAUUUUGUAUUCUUCUGAAGAUGAAGAUACAAGAAUGGUAUACUUUAUUAGAUUAGAAAAAGCUAUUUUCGAAGGAACGCUUCCAGUUUAACCAUUACUUACUUAGAACAAAAUUGCACCAGCAACUUAAAACUUUUACUAAAUGCGACAGAUGAAGUUUUCCAAUUAAGAGGGAUUUUAUUUCUAUACCGGCUAUUUAUAAGAGUGGCCAAAUAAGAGAAGAGCCUUUAUAAAUAUAUUCUAAUCAGAGUAUGUCUAUGCAGUCCUCCAUGUUGAAAUUGAUGGAUCUUUUUAUGCAUAUACUUCACAUACAAUUAAUGAAUUACCAUAUGUAUCAUUUUCUACAGAUACUAAAGUUACUACUCUUAGUAACUAGCCUAAUUUGAUAUAGAUGAUUGAUCUUGGAGAAUAUGUGAAUCUAUGGAAAAAUCAAACUGCUUUAACCAAGUAAACAAACUUUAUAUCUAAACUGCCUAUCAAUCUAGAAAAUGAGUGCUCCGAUCUAUAUACUACCAAUAAAAAAUUCACAGUUUCAAUUCUAGUUAAAAAUGAUUAAAAAGGCUUACUGAAAAAUGUUAGAACAUAUAACUAAAGUAAUCAAAGUGUCUUAGAAGCUAAUAUUACUUUGAAUCAUACAGAGUAGAAGUAUGUAGGCUUCUACAACUUCUCUGUAUUCUAUCAAAUCUCUGAUCCAAUUAACUAGUUCAAUUAUAUUUAAAAUGACUUCAGUGUGAAUAUUACAAAUCCUUGCAAUGAUGAAUUCAAAGUCUUAACUGAGCCUGUCUUUCCAUAAGUAAGGUAGAAAAUAUUUGAUCCAUAAUAAGAAAUCCAAUUUUCCAAACUAGAACUAGCACCAUAUCAGGUAUGCUAUAAUCAGACAGUAAGUAUUAUUAAAAAAGGAUCGCUACAACCAGUCGAAAGUUUAAUAAACCAAGAUAAGAUUGGUUAGCUUAAUAUUAGUAUUAAAUCCGAUUAAGCUGAAGAAAUAGGAACAUACUAAUACUAAGUUAUAUACAACAUUACAUCGGAAAUAAGUGAAGUAAUUCCUAAGAUACUAGCCUAUGAUCUAGAAGUAGAAAUUUAUGGAGAUGCCAAAGUAUACAUUUCAAACAACACUGCUCCUUACUUCUUAUCACCAAUACCUUCUUAUGAAUUAUAAGUAGGAUAGAGAAGAGAAAUAGAUAUGCCAGAAAUAAAAGAUGACUAAGGAGAUAACUGCCAGUUAACUUAUCAAUCUAAAAUGGAUGGCUUAUUUUUAAAGAUUGACAAAAAGAAAAUGAUUAUAAAUGCCAUAUAUAUUGUGGUAGGAAUAUAAGAAGUAAUUGUGAAGCUAUUAGACGACAAUCCAUUCCCUCUUUCUGCUAAGUUUAAGUUCACUAUAACAAUUUCUCAAAAUACCACCAAUUAAUACGAAUCUGUCAUUGUAUAAAAUACUGAUAUCUACUAAGAAUAUAAAUAAAGUCUGAAAAUUUAGAGGAUUGGAGUGAUCAAAGCUAAAAUUACUUAGAUAACUAAUACAGGGCUUGUUACCAUUAUAUUUGAUUAAAACCUCUAUGAAUUGCUAAAGUUUACUCAAAAGAUAUAAGAAUCAAUAAACAUAUCUCUUGAUUAUUCAGAUAGUUCAUCUGAGUAAAGCUAAAACUUUAUAGUACUAUCAUACUCAAACAGGGUGAUGACAAUUUAAAUGCUAUUUUAGAGUAUUCAAAACAUAUCAAAAUACAGAGUAAAUAUUUUAAUUAAAUGUUAAAUUUAGGAAUGGGACACAUUGAUUGUCAAGUUUAAUUAUUACUUUAUCUUUUAUGACACCAGCUAGAAAUUAAUGAUCAAUAAAGGAUACCAAAUAAAGGGAUACAUCCCUCCUUAGAUAUCAUCAGGUCUUAAAGACUUUUAUGAUAGUAUUGGAUCAGCAAGCUCAAUUACGGUAUCUAGUUUUAUGGGUACUAAUCUAUUUAUCAACAUAUUAAUGUAUCGCUAUAUGAAUUUAACUAUUAUAGGUCUCAGAGUAUCCAACUACUAUGGGGAAUGA